CGUUUGGGGUGACGUGGGGGUCAGGGGCGGCUCUGAAUUCAGGUGUGGUCGCCACUGGGGCUGGGCUCUGAGCGCUGCCGCCCACCUCUGCAGGCUGGAGCCGGAACCUUGAGGCCCGCGGGCAAGCUGUUUACCUUCUGCUGCCUCCCGGGAGUCCGAGGGGGUCGGGAUCCGAGCCCCGAUUUCCAGGAAAACAGGUGUUUACUUUGGCUCGAGAUUGUCGUUUACCCAACUGGCAUCUUCUUGAGGACCACAGAAACGUAAGGUCACAGUUAACAAAGAUGACAGAUUGACUCUGGGUGUUCUCCUGAGGUGUCGGGAAGGCACUAGUAUUUUUAUUGCGGGCGCUUCAGGAGCUGUACACACGAUAUAUUUUUGCUAUCAUGGAUCGGUUCGGAGAUAUAUCAGAAGGUGAAGUGGACCAUUCUUUCUUUGACAGUGACUUUGAAGAAACAAAGAAAUGUGAAAGUAAUUCAGUUUUUGACAAGCAAAAUGUUGAUGCUAAAGAGAGCCUAGAUAAAGGUACAGAAAAUGUAAACCUGAAAUUUGGAAUACAAACAAAGGAAAAUUAUCUCACUGAUAAGGGAAAUGAAAGGAGAGCAAAAAUUCCUCUAGAAGAAAACCCAAUAGAGAGUGAUACUGUACAAACUGGAAAUUCUUUAUCUUUGACCACUUCUUCAAGAUCAGAAAAAUUGUGUGAUAAUACAAUAGGACAUAAAAUACACCUGCCCAUGUGCCGCAGGAUUCCCAAAACUGUAAAAGAUGCUGAGGAUGACUACUAUACAGACGGAGAGGAAAGCAGUGAUGAUGGGAAAAAGUGUCAUGUGAGGUCCAAGUCAGCUAAGCCGUCUAAUAACUUUAAAAAAAGCAUAAGUAGAAAGUAUUCCAAAAUUAGUUCUUCUUCUUCUUCUUUGUCUUCUUCAUCUUCAAGUUCAGGUACAGAUUGUUCAGAUGCAGGGUCUGAUAUCUCAAAAUCUGAUUCCUCUCCAUCAUCAAAGAAACAUGUAUCUAGUGUAACCCUCUUAUCACCAAAACAGAAAUAUAAAACAGGAAUAAAGUCAACAGGAAAACGACCUUCAACUACUAAACCAAAAGUUGGUGACUAUAUUGAGGAAUCUGAAGAUACUGUGACUGACGUAACUCCUUUAUCGACCCCAGACAUCAGCCCUGUUCAGUCUUUUGAACUGGGGGCAUCAAAUGACCAAAAAGUAAAAGUUAAAAGGCAAGAAAAUGUGAAUCAGGAAAUAUAUGAAGAUGUUGAGGAUUUAAAAAAUAAUUCAAGGUGUUUGAAAACUGCCAAAAAAGGGAAAGAAAAACAGGAGCCUAAUGUUACCUCAAAGUCUUCAGUGUUAGAUUCUAAUUUAGACCACAGAUACAAACAGAAAGUUUUACAUGACACAAUGGACCUGAAUCAUCUUUUGAAAGCUUUUCUGCAGUUAGAUAAAAGGGGACCACAAAGACAUCACUUUGAUCAGCCUUCAGUAGUACCUAGGAAAAACUACUCCUUCUCAAGAGAAGAAGUGAGACAGAUUGAUCAGGAGAAUCAGAGGCUUUUGAAAGAACUGUCAAGACAGGCUGAAAAACCAGGAAGCAGAAAUACAAUUCCCAGAAGAUCAGUUGGUCAUCCCCCUAAACUCUAUCAUAGUGCUCUCAACAGACAGAGGGAACAACAAAGGAUUGAAAGAGAAAAUUUGGCUUUACUGAAAAGGCUUGAAGCUGUGAAGCCAACAGUUGGUAUGAAACGUUCAGAACAACUAAUGGACUAUCAUCGCAAUAUGGGUUAUCUCAACCCACCUCCAUCCUCAAGACGAGUGAGAUCGACUCUUGGUCAAUAUAGCCCAUUAAGAGGAGCUUCCAGGACAUCCAGUGCAACCAGUGCCCUCAGCUGUAAGAGUGAACGAUCAGCCUUUGACAAACCCAAUGGCCUGUUGCUGAGACCUAAACCCCCGGAUGUCCGUACAGCUUGGUUAUAAACCUUUCUUUCACUUUAAACAGUGCUCAUACAAUUUUUAUCGAAGUGCCCUUGUAUAUUACUGUAAUUCUUUGUGUAAACAUCUGUAAUACUGGUUUAAGCAACUUGAAAUAUACAGUAAGUUCUAAUUUAUUGUUAUUCAGUGCAAAAUUGUCAAAAGACAAUUUAAUGUAAAAUCAGUGUUUUUUAAAUGAUGAUGUAAUUUUAUGAGAUGUAUGUGUGUUUAUAGAGAAAUGAUAGUAUGCAUGAGUAUUUGCUCAGGACAGAAAUGAUUUCGGUUGUCAUUCUGACAAAAUGGUGGUCAUUAGUGUCAUUGCAUGUUGGACCCAAGGUGUUUGCUAUAUAGUUCUCAUUUUAUGCUGUUUUCAUUUCUUGUAAGCUUUGACCGUGAGCUUAGAUGCUAAAUUUGACUGAAUUUGUUUUCUGUUUGCUUUAGAACUAACGUGGCAUGACUCAUAAUUUGACUUUAUGAGAGCCACAGUUUAUUAUAAUGACACAGAUCUUGACAUUUGUUUUCAUUGGUGUAGCUGAUUUAGAUUUGGUGAACAGGUGGGGAGAAGCUUGUGCUGGAGUAGUCCUUGGGAUUUACCAGUGACGUCUAAUAUUUCUAUAUAAGUGCACUGAGUUAGAGCUCAAAAAUUAGAUUAGCCAUUCCAAAGUAUUGCAAACUGAAUAUUAUAAAACUCAACUUAGAAGUCCCUCUUUUCUUCUUUUUAUCUUCUCCGUGUUUAUGUAAAAUGCACCUAAUGAGUCUGAGAAAUGAGAUGGGCUCUAGAGGUACUGUCUACUCCUUUGUCAGUAGUUUAACCACAGACCAGGUCAGUUUCAUCAGCAGCAAAAGUCAGUUGAGUCAGUAAAGUAGCACCACCAGUUUAAAGAGCCAAGAAGCAGAUCCAGAGGUGUGUCAGAACAGUGUUUUAAUUGAUCCCAGUUAGCAUGUUGGGCUGUGAGUUAGUACUGUAUUAAGAGAGAAGAUUCAGAACAAAAAAGAAAUGUUUAGAAAUUCCAACUAGUGUCUGUAAGGGCUGAAUAGGAAAACUAAACUAUAAAUAAUAAGGGGAAUAAAUAACAUAUUUGUUGGUACUACUGCUUUAAAUAUUAGCUUAUUUUCUUGUUUUGGUUUAUUUGUUUCAAUCCUAAAGUUUCAUAUUUAAAGGGCUAGAAAUCUUGAUGAAAUCAGUAAUGACAAAUAGAGUGUUUGUUAGUCUCUUAUUUCCUAUAGCAAAGUAUAUUUCAUAGUUAUCACUGUUUUUCAUUACUGGUCUUUUCAGUAUAAUAUCCUUAGAAUAUAUUGGAAAGUGUUCAUAUUAAAUGACAAAUCUUUCUUCUUUUAAAAUGGAUUUCUAAGCCAUAAUAAGGAAAUUUGUUUAUUUUUCAGUGCUCAAACUGUGUAGCAUAUAUGUUGAACUUUCUUAAUACCUUUAACAGUAAACUAAACUGCAUUUUGCUUAACAUCAAUUCAGAUAUCUUGGUCUUAGUUUGUUUUCAUAGAUUUUUGUUUAUGAUAGAGCACAGAACAGUAUGGUUGAACAUUUUCAUUUAAAAACAACCUGGCUGUGAGGUUUGUUUUACUGCUUUGUAUUUUGGGCUAUAACAUUCAUCUGAGGUUAUUUGAUGCUUUGUUCCUAGUGAACAAGUUUUUUACACCCACUUUAUAUAUAAGAUUUAGCUAUAGUAAACCAAGGUUUUCUUUUUUUUUUUUUUUUUUUAACUUACUGCACUUUUAAUGUUUGUAUAACAACACAUCCUUGAGAUAACAUAAUCGAUUUACAACUCAGCAUCUGGACAUUUGCCCAGUGAUGAAUUAGUUUUUAGAUCUUUCUUAAAAAAUUUGACAAAAAUAUGUACAUAAAACCUUUAUGUUCAUAAUGGCAUUAGUUUCCAAGUACAUUUUAUAUGGUCUUUGCUACCACAUAUGCAGAUAUAACAAAUAUACUUUCAAAGACAAAGCUGUACUCUGAUUUUAGAUACUAAUUUAAUGCCUUUCAUUUUUACUACUUCAAAAGAGGAAGUUCAUGUAAGUAUUACUGAUUUCAAGGAUUCAGCUUGAAGUGCAAGUUGGGAAGAGCAGCCACUUUCUUAAACAAUUGAUAAUUCUAUUGCCAUGGUUACACAAACACACACACAUAUAUAAUAGAAAUAGGCAAUGAAAAUUUUGAUAUUUUCUGAUAUAAGUCAGUGUGGUUUUAAUUUGUGGUCCAAGGGGCAUUUUUAAUAAAAGAGUAUAAGUACAUUACUCUCUUUGUUUUCAAGAACAUAAAGUGAUGGAUAGUCCAGCACUAUUUUUUAUUUGGUUGACUUGUAUUUAAUGUAUAUACUUGGAAGAUUUACAUCUGUACCUAGAAAGCAUACUGAUCUGAGGUCUAGUAAUGAAGCUAGAUUCUUAUUGAGAAUUUUCAUUUAUGUCAAAUGUUAAAGUUGCCUCCUUUUUAAUAAGAUUCUGUGAAAGAUAAUUAUUAAAAUUAUUUCUUCAAAGGUAGCUAUUAUCUCAUUCUUCUUCAGUACCCAUUAAAAGUUGCUUUCUUAGUUAC